CCGGGCCCUCCCUCACGGACAGUGUCCAACCCCACCCCUGGCACACUGCUCCGUGAAAAAGACCUCGCCCCCUUGCACAGGAACUCAGUUUUGAAAGACCCCGCCCGCAAGGAGAGAGCGUGCCGGAGCGACCUCUCCGUGCCCAUGACCAAGAAGGAGGGCAGGCUGAAGGAGGAGGCCCAGCCCCACAGCGUGGUGGACCUCACGCUGGACACCAAGCCCGACAGCGACAGGAAAGUGAGCGGCCCCGAGAAGGCUGCCAAGGUCGGGGUUGAGCGGCUGUCCCCUUUCCUGGCCGAGCAUCUGCCGAAUCGGGGGAGCCUUAGCGGAGAACCAAAGUCCAAGAACCCGCUGCAAACCUCUUCACUCAACAACUGCAACGGAGGCGGGGACCUCUUGGGGAAGGCGCUGGGCCCCGAGCAAGACCGCUGCGCCAAGGAUCCCAACAGGCACGACGAGAACAUGAGGCCUUCCCCUCACCCCUCGCACCUGGACCGGCUGAAAAGGGGGGAGUCUGUGCUGGGUUCGGUCUCCGCCUUGCACGUGGCCUGCAGCUGCCCCUCCCCGCACCCGCCCCAGCCGGGCAAGCUGACCCCUUCCUCGGCCUUCCCUCCCCAGCCCGUCCAUUCCAACAUGUACACCAUCUUCCCUCUGACCAAGGAGCCGGGGAGGGAACACAAAGUCAUCGCCCCCACCUUCGUGCCUUCAGUUGAGGCCUACGACGAGAGGAAUGGCCCCAUCCAGAUUGCCUCGCAGGCCCGGGACAACGGCAAAGCGAAAGACCGAGACGCCUCCGGCCCCGCUGCCGGGCGAGUGGGCGUCUUGCAGUCGUUGCCUGACAGGUGCCUGGCCAAUCAGUCCCGCGGUGUUUUGACCCAGGACUUCCUGAGCCACGGCGAUGCCAAACGGGUGGAAGUCCUGAGGGAGAAGAGCUCUGUGAUCCGGGCAAAUUCCAUGGUGUUGAAGAAACAGGCAGCUUCAGAAAACUUCUCCAGCAGGCCAAGGCUGACCUCCCCUGAAAGCAGGGAGUUCCUCCCCACAAAAGACUUGCUAAAGCCGGGCCCGGAGGCAGAGCACCGCUCCUGCGAGCGGGACCGGUUUCAGAGAUCGGGCUGCAAAGAGGCAGCUAAGAUAUACAGCACUUUGGACUCCUCUUCUCCCUCUUCCUCCUCCUCCUCCUCUUCCUCCCGGCAGCACCUCGACCACAGCCAGCUGAAGCCCCCCGAACAGAAAUGGAAGCCUUUCGAGAUGGGCAAUUUUGCUACCACCCAGAUGGCCGUCCUUGCUGCCCAGCACAACCACACCAACCGGGUGGAGGAAGAGGCCAAGAAGGUGUACCUCGACCCCGGAGGCCUGCAGAGGUCCGCGGCGUCCGGUCCCCGGAGUGCCCCAGAAGGCCUUCAUCCUACCUCGCACAGCGAAGGGUCCGCCAUGCAGAGCCUCAUCCAGUACAGCGGCAGCUUCGCCAAAGAGGCGUCGGCGCGGCAGGGUGGUGGGAAAAAGAGCCCCUUUGGGGGCUUGGGCAGCAUGAAGCUGGACCCCUCCCAGCAGGGUGCCUCGAAGAUCCAGCAGCUGCUGCCCCACCAAGCAGGCAAGCAGUUGAAGAAGGAGCCUGAGAGGCCGGAGAGUGCCAAAUCCUUUGGGCGUGAGAGUAUUGGCUCUCAGGGGGAAGUGGAGGUGCGGCAUCUUCCCGUGGGCAUUGCCGUGGCCGUGGCCCGGCAGAAGGACAACAGUGGCAGCAAGCCAGGGCCGAACCUCCUGGAACGGGACCGCUCCCUCUCCCUGGGCAGUGUCAAAGGGCACGGCCGCUCAGACGAAGACUGCGGAGAUGACCGGGUGCGCCAUCGGGACAGCCACCUAUUGGCCAGUCGUCUGGAACGAGACCAGGAGAAGCUGCUCAGAGAAAGCAAAGAGCUGGCUGACUUUGCACGGAUACAUCCCACCGGCUGUGCCACGAACAACUUGAACGCCAACCUCAUGGUGACGGGAGGGCCUACCCUGGCCGGCUCAGGGCGGUGGUCCGCCGACACAGCCUCGCACUUGGCGGCCAAUCCGUGGUUACCGAGGACCAGCAGUCCUUCCAUGUGGCUAGCAGGCCAUCCCUAUGGCCUGGGACACCCCUCCUUGCACCAAGCCAUGGCUCCAGGCUUCCCUCCCAGCAUGGGGGCCGCGCUGCCUUCCGCCUACCAGUUUGCCAGGGAUCCUCAGUCGGGGCAGCUAGUUGUCAUCCCCAGUGAGCACCUGCCGCACUUUGAACUGAUGGAUCGGGCACCCCCUCUCUGGCCUGCCAUGUACCCCACGGCGCGGAACACCCUCCAGCACGCCCACCAGCUCCAGCUCUUGUCCCACCAGCAGCUGCUCCGCCAGCACGAACUUUAUAUCCUUCAACAGCAGGCUGCUCAUGCCAUGGAACUGCACAGGAGUGCCCAGUUGGUGGAGAGGCUAAAGGCUACUGAGCAGCGGGUGGAAAUGGAAGAGAAGGUCACCAAACGGCACCUGGACAGCAGCAAAGCAGGCUUCUCCCCCUCUGGCUCAGGCCUCCUGCCCCGGAAGCCUCCGGUCCUGUCCCACAGCACUUCCGCGACAUACAGCAAGGCCGUGAGUCCCCCUCCCCUGUCUCCCAGGGCUUCACCUGUGUCUUGUCUCAAAGCUGAGGUUAUCCAAAAGAUGGAAGAGCCGCCAACGCAGCCUGCCUUCUCCUAUCCUGCUACUCCCGUCUCCCACCCUUCUAGCCCGCCCCCUGCUUCUCCGCCCCCUGCCCCUGCCAUCCCCGCAAAAGAGGAGGAAGAGCCCGAGAGUUUGGAGAAGAAAGAAAUGGAGCAGGAGAAAGAGGCCUCCAGUCCUUACCAGGCUUUGUUCCCAGAGAUUCCCUCAGGAUACCCAUUCCAAUCCUUGCCCGCAUCCUUCAGAGCGCACUACCCGUACCUCCUCCACCCGACCGCAGCAUCCGAUGCGGAUGGCUUGGCCCCCGACGUCCCGCUGCCAGCCGGGGAUUCAGAGCCCAUGGCCCUUUCCCCCGAGGUCAAGCCCAUUCACCUCUCCCCAUCCAAAUUGGUCCAACCCAUCCAGCCUGAGGAGGAAGAGGAGUCUUUGGAAGAACGGGUGAAGACUGAGGUUGAGAUGGAUGAGAUCCAGGAAGGCAACCUCUGCGACCAGGACGUGGACUCUCUGAGUAUGGCAACGUCCGUCACGCUUCCCGUUCAGGAUGUGAACGCUUGCAGCCUUCUCUUGCACCACGGCAAAGCCUUGAGCAGUGCAGAAGACGAAGAAGAGCCUCUUCAGGACUGCCCACCCCCAUAUCAAGUGAUGGCAUGUUCUGCAGAACUGGGAACCCAAGAAAAUACUGCUAGUGGCACAGAAUCUUGUCUGGUCCACUUGAGCUAUGAUGGGGGGUUGUUACCUGGGGACAGUGAGCUGCCUAGGCUGGACCUCACGCCUCCACCGGAAGAAGCUUCUCUAGGUACAGAACUGCCUCAUGUCAACUCUCCCCAGGGAAGGGAAUUUCCCAGCAUGCCCCAGGGAGAUGAGGAGCUACCCUUGGAAACGCCCAGCUACGGGAAUGAGGCUGCAUCCUGCCUAGUGCCUCCGAUGGACAUCGAACCAGACGACCCGCUGGCUGGCAUGAACGCCUUAGCAGCGGCCGCCGAACUGCCUCAGGCGUGCCUGUUGCCGAUGAGCGAUGGCAUCGCGCAGGAGGCGGUGGUGAAUCUGGAGGUGUCCUCGAGCCUGUCCCCCGAGCAUACUUUUCUGCAAGGGAUCACGCUGCUGAGCGAAAUUGCCGAAAUGGAGCUGGAGAAGAGACGGCAAGAAAGUGAAGGCUCAGAGAACUUUUCAGUCCGGCCAACCUUGGAGAGCCUCUUGGCAGCCAGCACCCAAAUGCUGAUGGAGGUCCUCUCGACUCCCUUCAUGGACAGCCUGAAAAAUAUCCGCUUGCCUCGAGAGCUGAACCCCAACAAAAAGUACAGCUGGAUGCAGAAGAAAGAUGAGCCCAUGUACUCCAUUAAGUCAGCUAUGGAGAACAUGGACUCCAUGGAGUUGGACUACAGGAUGAAGCUGGCCGAGCUGCAGAGGCGGUACAAGGAAAAGCAGCGGGAACUGGUGAAGCUGCAGCGCCGGAGAGACUCCGAGGAAAAGCAUGACGAGAAAAGUAGAAGCUUGGGAAGACGAGGCCCGGGAAGGCCCCGGAAGAGGAACCACGGAUCCAUUGCUUUUUCGCCCCCUAAGGAGAGAGGGAAGAGUGACGGCUGGAGUGGAAAGCUCAGCAAGUCCUUGCUGCUCUCCGAAGACUCGGAGCCGGGAGAAGGGACACGGAAAAGGCACCGGGGCUUCCUCCUGGAUGAAGAGGAGGAGAUGGAGAGCUUGAAGGUGAAAGGGAGGAACCACAGCUGGGAUGAGCACGACGUCCUCGCAAGCUUUUCCAGUGAGUUGAAGAUUAAGAAGAGGAAGCUGGCCCGGGACCAAGAGCACCUGGUGAACAAACUGGACAAAGCGCUCUCGCUCUCCAAGCACAACAAGCUGAAAUCCCCUUUCAAGUGCACAGGCGGCUCUGGAGGGAGGCAGAAGCACAGCGGGUGUGGGGGCAGCCGCUACCUGCUUCCCCGCCAGGAAAAGAAGAGCUUGUCCCAUUCGUUGAGCUUCUCCCUGAAGGCCUCCAAAGAAGGUAAAAACAAAAUGGCGGCCAAAAUGAAGAAGAUGGAGAUGGGGCUAAAACUGAAGGGUCACCUGAAGGUUACCUCCUCACCAGCAAUAUCUGAAUUCAGCAGCUACUCCUACAAUACAGACUCAGAGGAAGACGAUGAAUCCCUGAAGGACGAAUGGUCUUUCCAGUCCUCGUCCAGCUCCAGAAUGCAACCGCCCAGCCUGUAUGCGGCAGCGGGCCACAAGGCCAAGCGGAUCUCUGGAGGCUUCAAGACCUCCAAGAAGGGCCUGCCUGCCGUUAGGACUCUCAGAUCUAAACUGGCCGCAAGCCGGAAGCAGCAGUUUUGUUUGGUGGCCAGAGAGGCCGAAGUUGGAUCUUCCUUCAGUGAUUCUUCGGAGGACUCGUUCGAUCAAGAUUCUACCUCGGAAGAAGAGGAGGAGGAAGAGGAAGAAGAAGAGGACGCAGAAGAUUAUCGACUGGGUGGAAAUGAGCGGCUUGCACCCCCGGCUUUGGAGGAGAGUGGUCUGGGGCUACUCGCCAGGUUCGCCGCCAGCGCUGCGCCGAGCCCCAUCAUCCCACCGUCUCUCUCCAUUGUUCAGCUGGAAGCGAAGCAGAAGGCGAAGAAGAAGGAAGAACGGCAAAGUUUGAUGGGGAUGGAGUUUGAGUACACAGAUUCCGAGAGUGAGGUGAAGAUCAGGAAGAAGUCUCCCUCUCAGCUGCUGCGUGGGAAGAAAGGAAUGCUGGACACGGGCGGUGCCACACCGGUACAGCCCACGAACCCCAUUGACUCUGCCUCCAGCGUGAGUUUGGACAAGGGCAAAAUAGCCUCCGAGAAGAGCCGAAAGCUGAAGAAGCUGAAGUCGCCCAAGGACCUGAGCUUCGAAUUCGGGCUGGAGGUGAGCGACGACGACCUCUGGAACCGGCGGCGGAGCGAGCGGAUCUUCCUCCACGACGCCACCAUGUCAUCGGCCGUCCUCUCCCCCACCACCCCGAGCAACUCUGCCCCUGGGUCCAAGCCCAGCCGCUACGUGAAGGGGACUCCCAUGAGUCCCAAGAAGGAUGGGAGCAAAAAGGACAGGAAAGAUCUUGUCAAGAAGAAGAAAAAUAAAGAGAGUCCUUUCUGCUCUUCCUCCUCCUUGUCCUCCUCCUCGUCCUCCUCCCACUCUCCUCCGGGCAUCACCGGUCCACCCGACAUCCACGCCAGCCUGGCAAGCUCCCUGGGCUCCAGCAAGAAGGGCAAGGCCAAGCUGAAAGCCAAAGAGGUGAAGAAGGAGAAUCGAGGGAAGGGCGGGGCCGUUAGCAAGCUAAUGGAGAGCAUGGCUGCGGAGGAGGAUUUUGAGCCCAAUCAGGACAGCAGCUUCUCGGAGGAUGAAAACAUGCCACUGAGCGUGCUCCUGGAAAGGCCGCCUACGCCAGCGCCCCGUUCCUGUAUAAUUGACAAAGAGGAACUGAAGGACGGUUUGCGGGUGCUGAUUCCCAUGGAUGACAAACUGCUCUACGCUGGACACGUGAAGACGGUUCACUCUCCCGACAUAUACCGGGUAGUGGUGGAAGGGGAGCGCGGGAACCGUCCCCACAUCUACUGUUUGGAACAGCUGCUGCAAGAGGCGAUCAUCGAUGUGAAACCCCCUUCAGUGCGGUUCCUGCCCGAGGGCACAAGAAUCGCCGCCUACUGGAGUCAACAGUACCGCUGCCUGUACCCGGGGACGGUUGUCCGAGGGGCCCACGAUCAGGAGGAGGACAGGGAUCUGAUAACUGUGGAGUUUGACGAUGGAGACACCGGGCGGAUCCCCUUGUCUCACAUCCGCCUGCUCCCGCCCGACUACAAGAUCCAGUGUGCGGAGCCGUCUCCCGCCCUCCUGGUGCCCAGUGCAAAGCGUCGCAGCCGCAAGUCCAGUAAGGACGCUGGAGAAGGAAAAGAGGGGAGCGGGACGGGAGCAGAGGACCCAGCGGCAAAGGGCAAAGUUCGAGGGAGGAAGCCGAGCACCCAACAAAAAGCUGAAGAAACCACCCUGGCAGAAGAGACGGAGCAGGGGGACACGCUGCCAGCCCCUUCCCUCGUGCCCGAAAAGACCGUCGGCCUUAGCAAGCAGUCUGCAAAAAGUUCCAAGAAAGCACAACCUGUCCCGGCCCGGUCGUCUUCCAUUUCCGCGGAAGAAAAACAGCACAGUAAAAGCAACAAGGUGAAGCUUUCCACCAAACUGCCCGGCUCUGCUAACCCCCCGUUCCAGUCUCCCAUGUUCAACAACAUACGCGGGAGCGAGCCCUACGCCGAGUUGCCGGGUGUUCUGGGAGCUUUCGGCUCAUCAGACAACUCUUCCGGCAAAGUCAAAUCUAAGAAAGGGAAGUCUGCCGAGGAAUUGCAAGAGUUUGGGUCCACAGCCAAGGCCCAGAGGAAGAUCCCGGACAGCGAGAUCCUCAUCAAGUUGGACCAUGAGGGGGUGAUGUCUCCAAAAACGAAGAAGACCAAGGAGGCCAUGAGGAUGUUAAGCGACUCGAACCUGGCUGGCAGAAGAGAGGCCAAGAACGUCUUGGGGCUGAGCUACACCUCCGUCGCCAGCUCGGACGUGAAGCAGAAGCCUCCCAAGAGCAAAACGGCCAGUAGAGAGGCCUCCGCUCCGAACUUCGGCGGCAAGUUCAGCGGAAGCGGAGAGAAGUCGGCUCCCUCGCAGGAUCGAGAAGAGAAAGCCCAGGCAGCACCUGCUGGGGAUGAGUCGGAGAGCAACAGCAGCAGCUCCGAGUCUGAAGGAGAGGAGGAGGCGGAGAAGACGGGGGGCGGCACUCAAGGCAGCAGCUCAGCCAGUUCAAGGGUGUCGACCCCCAUGUCCUCGUCCAACUCCUCCUCCUCUUCCUCCAGCAGCAGCUCUUCUUCCUCGUCCUCCUCUUCUGCCUCCUCUUCCUCCAGCUCCAGCUCAUCAAGUAAGCCUCCCUCCACCUCCUCGUCCCUCCCAGCGUCUCCAGCCUUCAUCGCUCGUGGGCCCUCCUCCACCACCGACGAAGACUCUUCCUGCAGCUCCGAUGAUGAGGCGACCGGAUCCCAGCCCAGCACUUCUUCUGUCCAGCAGGUCCUCCCGCCAAAGCCAGCCAAGCAAGCAGGGAAGUCGCGGGCCGCUUCCCACCCGCCAGGCCCCAAACAGCAGCCAGGGGCGGCCCAGAAGCAGCAGCAGAACAGCAACAAGAACCGGCCCAAAAAGCGCGAGGGGAUCCACAUGCCCACCACCAAGGAGCUGGCCAAACGGCAGAGGCUGCCUUCGGUGGAGAACAGGCCCAAGAUCGCCGCCUUCCUGCCUGCCCGGCAGCUGUGGAAGUGGUUUGGGAAGCCCACCCAGAGGCGUGGGAUGAAGGGGAAAGCCCGCAAGCUCUUCUACAAAGCCAUUGUCCGCGGGAAGGAGAUAAUUCGCAUCGGAGACUGUGCCGUCUUCUUAUCAGCCGGGCGGCCCAACCUGCCGUACAUUGGCCGGAUCCAGAGCAUGUGGGAAUCGUGGGGGAACAACAUGGUUGUCAGGGUCAAAUGGUUUUACCACCCGGAAGAAACCAACCCUGGGAAGAAACUGAACGAAGGCAAGGUAGGUGGAGCCAGCGUCCCUUUCUGAUAGGACAACCGGUGGACCAGUGUUCUGGCUGGGAAAGGAAUGCCAUGUGUUGUCAUUUGAAAAGUGAGAUCAGCACCACUGGGGAGCUGUUGGGAAAUCUGAUUGUUUUGUCGAAGGCUUUCAUGGCCGGAUUCA